AGCAAAAUCCCCGUUGCUUCCCCCCUUCCCGUAUGUGCUGCCCCUCUUCUUGUUCGCCAGUCAGUACAUGACUAUCUACUUACGUCCUACCUAACCCUCGUGUCGGUCUGCGUGGCUCUCCCCACAUCACCUCAUUCCAGCUUCUCCCAGUCUAGAUCUUCCAUCCAUCAGUUCAUCUACGCUAUCCAAGCUUGCUUCUACUAUUCGUGUCAUUGAUCUUGAUACAAAAGCUCACAAACAUCUCUCCUCUUGUAAAGGCUUCCAUUAUCUAUCAAUCCAUAUACAAUCACCAUGUCUGCAGAUACAACAGCACCUCUUAGUAAGGUCGACUCGGCCGUUGCUGGCUUGUCUACUUCCCCACCCAAGGAGGGCAAGAAGACUCAUCGUCGGACAUCUAGCAGUACGACAGGAAUUCACAACAUCAACGAUCUUGAAAAGGAGAAGACGCCAAUAGAAAUUGCCAUCGAGACGCAAAAGCUGAAUUGGAAGCUCAACACGUCACCGGCACUCCUCGAUGACAAGGACACCCUAAAGAAGUUCCUUGUUACGCCGCCUGUCAAGCGAAUUGACCUCCACUUCCCUCUCGGCCUGCAUGUAACGGCUCGGAAUAUGAAAGGAGUCACAAUCGAUGACGCAUUACAUGUCAUCUACAAGCAUUUUAAGAAGCGGGCUGACGACGAGUUCGACAACCCUAUCCUGGCAGGAUUCGAGUGGGAUCCGGAAGAAUCGUGGACAAGUUUGAUCGUACAUCAGAAGAAAGAAGGUGCGCCAGUUAGCACGAAGAAGUCAAAGAAGGAGAAGAAACUUGCCGAUGAGUAGUCUCCUCGGACUGGUUGGCCACCCGAAGUAAUGACUUGAGAGACCUUGAUAUGGCCGAUUCGUUGCUUUGGGGUCUUUUACGACUCCUCAGAUUACGGCGUCUAGCGGAGUGACCGACGUUGCCGAACCUUUUUGUCUUCUUUAGUGUUUAUUCAAGGGAAGCUAUGUUUUGCUUGUUUACCGUUUCCUACCUAUUAUCUUCUCUCGCAGACAUGACUGCUAUUUAGCAUAAGUACGCUCUUUUUCCUCCAAUUCAAGAUACUAUCGAGAUUGCGCAACUCGGGCGGCAAGCGUUUGAGAACUUCCAUG